AUGCUCCGCGGACCCCAGCGCUUCAUCAAGGUCUCGGUGGCGCCGGUCGCUGCCCUGGCUGUGGCGCUGCUCUCGUCGGUCUCGCGCUGCUCCCUCCUGGAGCGGGAGGACCCCGCGGUUUCGGCGCUCAGCCACUACUUCGGUACCAAGACCCGCUACGAGGAUGCCAACCCCGGGCUGCUGCCGGAUCCCGAGGCGCCGCGGAGGGACCCCGAGCUGUUGGAGGACACCUGCACCCCCGUGCAGCUGGUGGCCCUCAUCCGGCACGGCACCCGCUACCCUACGGCCAAGCAGAUCCGCAAGCUGCGGCAGCUGCAUGGGCUGCUGCAGGCCCGCGGGCCGAGCGACGGGCGCGCUGGCUCCGCGGGCGGCGGAGACCUGGGCGCCGCGCUGGCCGACUGGCCGCUGUGGUACGCGGACUGGAUGGACGGGCAGCUGGUGGAGAAGGGGCGGCAGGACAUGCGACAGCUGGCGCUGCGCCUAGCCUCCCUCUUCCCGGCUCUCUUUAGCCUCGAGAACUACGGCCGCCUGCAGCUGGUCACCAGCUCCAAACACCGCUGCGUCGACAGCGGCGCCGCCUUCCUGCAGGGGCUGUGGCAGCACUACCACCCCGGCCUGCCGCCACCCGACGUCGCAGACAUGGAGUGUGGACCUCCAAGAAUUAAUGAUAAACUAAUGAGAUUCUUUGAUCAUUGUGAGAAGUUUUUAACUGAAGUGGAAAAGAAUGCUACAGCUCUUUAUCAUGUAGAAGCCUUCAAAACUGGACCAGAAAUGCAGAACAUUUUAAAAAAGGUUGCAGCUACUUUGCAGGUGCCAGUCAGCAAUUUAAAUGCAGAUUUAAUUCAGGUAGCUUUUUUUACCUGUUCAUUUGACCUGGCAAUUAAAGGUGUUAAAUCUCCUUGGUGUGAUGUUUUUGACAUAGAUGACGCAAAGGUAUUAGAAUAUUUAAAUGAUCUGAAGCAAUAUUGGAAAAGAGGAUAUGGGUAUACUAUUAAUAGUCGAUCCAGCUGCACCCUGUUUCAGGAUAUCUUCCAGCACUUGGACAAAGCAAUUGAACAGAAACAAAGGUCUCAGCCAAUUUCCUCUCCAGUCAUCCUUCAGUUUGGUCAUGCAGAGACCCUUCUGCCACUGCUCUCUCUCAUGGGCUACUUCAAAGACAAGGAGCCCCUAACAGCUUACAAUUAUAAGGAACAGUUGCAUCGCAAAUUCCGGAGUGGCCAUAUCGUGCCCUACGCCUCGAACCUAAUAUUUGUGCUUUACCACUGUAAAAAUGCUAAGACUCCUAAGGAGGAAUUUCGAGUGCAGAUGCUGUUGAAUGAGAAGGUGUUACCAUUGGCUUACUCACAGGAAACUGCCUCCUUGUACGAGGAUCUGAAGGACCACUACAGGGACAUCCUUCAGAGCUGCCAUGCCAGUGAAGAGUGUGAAUUACCAAAGGUGAACAACACGUCUGAUGAGCUAUGAGUGCCUGGAGAGCAGUUCUCAUUCAUCGGGGACUGAUCCAGAGGGAGUGAUUACAUGCUUGGAAUAGGUGGGCAACCCACGGUUACAGAGAGCUUUCACAGUACUUGAGUAUUUCUGUCUUUUCACAGAAAAAUGUUGAAUUUCUUUUUGAAUCUGGAACAUGGAUGUGUAAGAAACUAUUCUUCGCUGGAGCAGUUCUCUUAGGAGAAAAAAAUUGAUUUAAAGAACUAGCUGGCCCUGCAAACAUUUAUAGAAAUUAAAUCCUUCCUGUUUAUAUGAGAAAUUUCACACUGAGAUGGAGUAUGAUUUCAAAGUGAUACUUGAAAGUGCUGGACUCACAAUGUAUGUCAUUUGGAUGAUCUGUUACGUGACCGAGUGCAGGAACUUUCCAGUUGUGAGGCCUUCUCUGUCUCUCCCUCAGGUAGCUCAGCUCUGGCAUCGUCGGUCUUCAGCAGAUGUAGUGUGGUGCUGGGACUGUCGCUUUGGAAGAAAGCUGACACCUCUCUAGUUAAGAUUUGAAACCAUAUUAAGAAACAGUGUGAUUUUCAAAGGACAGCUUCACUUGAAGACAAAAAGCAUAAUAAAAUAGAUAUUUUUGUUAAUAGUAUUUAUAAAGUAUUUGAACACUUUUUCAAUAAUUCCUUUUAACCUUGUAGUAAGUCUUACAAGGCCUUUCUUUAGUAUCUUACCUGUUUUACAUUUAUAACAAUGGAGGACAAAGAGGACCAUUAGCAACAAGGAAGACAGAUAGAAUCAGAGUUUCUUAAAUCCAUUGCUUCACAGUUUUUUUUCAUUCUGUCACUUUGCUUCUAUUUUUAUAUUUUGCUAUUAUGUGAAGUGUAUCUUGGUUAUCACUUUUCCAUUCUUUUUUUCCCCCCUAAGUAAAGACUUUACCCUGGCUGGAUUAGUUUCACAGAUCUGAACCCAUUUCAACGAGAUACUUCUGAGUUUUGUCAAAUGCCGUGAAAGUGUUUGCUAUAAAAAUAAACAGAAUUCUUGUGACUUUA